AUGUCAUUCCCCAAACUGAGCACUCCAAAGAAAGGUGAUCAGAGAGAGGGCAAGAGUAAAGGAAAGAAAUCAAACAAAGGGAAGCGUAAGGCAGAAGAUAGCUCAGAUGAGGACACAUAUACAGGAAAUAGAAAAUCCAAGGACAAGAAACGGCGCAGGAUCAAAAGAAUGGCGUACAGUGAUGAAGACGACAUUGGGACAGACAAAGAGGACGUCCCAGACCCUGGCGGGUAUCUCAAGCGUCGUAAGAUCAGGAAGGUUCAGGGUCAGAAGAAGCUUGCAGACGAGACAAUGGCUGCUCAGAAGGCAGAGGAAUCUCGGAGAAAACGUAUUGAGGAGAGGCAGAAAGAGUACAACGCUUACAUACAGGUGGAAGGGCGGAGGAGGAAGGGGACAUUCCAGAGGGCACUGAGCGGAGCAGGCCAUUGACACGUCUAGCACCAACGAUAAGAUUCUUGGGUCGCCCCGCAAGGUUCUGGUGACGACCAAGUGCGUCCUGGAGAUGGACGAGAACAAGAAGCCACUCAUAGAGGUGGAUAGGACCCUCAUUAGGAAACUGAAGCCCCACCAGGUGGAAGCUGUGCGGUUCAUGUACAACUGCUGUGUGGAAAGAUUGGUUAUACUGAAGAAGGAAGAGGGAGCAGGCUGUAUCCUGC